AUGGCAGGUUGUGGACUCCCUUCAAUAUCUCAUUUUCACUGGACUCGACAUCUCCUUGUCUUUCAUCAUAUUGUUCAGUUUAUGAGUGCUCCUCGCUCUCCUCACUUGGGUGCUGCUAAUCGUAUUCUUUGUUAUUUGAAGAGCACAAUUUGGUUUGGUCUUUCCUUUCGUCAAUCUCCAAGCCCCUUUGCUCUUUGUGGUUUCUCUAAUUUUGAUUGGGCUGGUUAUCUUGAUACCUGUCGUUCGACUAUUGGUUUUUGCACUACAUGGAUCUCUCAUCUCCUUCAUGAGUUGGAGCUUCCUUCUUCUGGACCUACCAUAUUGUUGUGUGACAAUCUCAGCACUACCUACAUGGCUUCUAAUCCGGUGUUUCAUGCUUGCACUAAACAUAUUGAACUCGAUUACCACUUCAUUAUAGAUCGUAGUAUCUCUGACUCUCACCAAGAUCAAUUUGUUUCCUUUUUCGAUUAG